AUUGAUAAAGGAAAUUGGAGACGUAUAAAAUGGAUGUCAGACAUAUUAUUUUCGGAGGGAUGAAAUCAGAACCGAUCGCGUCGGUGUUGUCAAUGCUGAUAAGCAUAUUACUAUAUAUCAUGUAUUCGAUUGGUCCUUACUCUACGACGAAUAUUCCUACCAAAUCGUUAAUGUCGUCUUAUGAUUUCAUAGUCGUGGGCGGUGGUUCUGCAGGAGCCGUGAUCGCGAGUCGCUUAUCUGAGGUAGAAGAUUGGAACGUACUCCUCUUGGAAGCAGGUGGCGAUGGAAAUGCUCUAUAUGAUGUUCCUAUUCUUGCCGCCAAUCUGCAGCUCGCCGAAAUCGAUUGGAAAUACAAAGUGGAGACCAAUGAAAAUUUCUGUCUGGCGAUGAAGGAGGGUCGUUGCUUCUGGCCACGUGGCAAAGUGAUCGGAGGCAGCAGCGCGAUAAACUACAUGCUCUAUGUCCGUGGUAAUAGAAAAGAUUACGACAUUUGGGAACAAUUGGGCAAUCCGGGAUGGUCCUACGAGAAUGUCCUCGGUUAUUUCAAGAAAUCGGAAGACAAUCAAAAUCACUUCUACACUGAGACACCGUAUCAUUCGACCGGGGGUUAUUUAACUGUCCAAGAAUCACCAUGGCACACUCCCCUGGCCGAUGCGUUCAUUCGAGCUGGCCAAGAAAUGGGUUAUGAGAAUAGAGACAUUAACGGAGAACGACACACUGGCUUUAUGAUUCCUCAGGGGACCAUUAGACAUGGAAGCCGGUGCUCCACGGCGAAGGCCUUCCUGCGGCCGGCAAGGAAUCGCAAGAAUUUACACGUCGCUAUGGAAGCGCAUGUUACCAAAAUUUUAAUAGAGCCGUCGUCGAAGAGGGUUUACGGCGUAGAGUUUGUUAGAGACGGGGAAACGUUACGGAUUCGUGCCGACAAGGAAGUGAUCGUUUCCGGAGGAGCUAUCAAUAGCCCUCAGUUGCUGAUGUUGUCGGGAAUAGGACCUAAAGAACACCUAUCAGAACACGGCAUACCAGUGAUUCAGGAUUUAAAAGUGGGUCAUAAUCUUCAAGAUCAUAUAGUUGCGGGGGGCAUUACGUUCUUGGUGAAUGAAGAAAUUUCACUGAUAGAGAGCAGGAUGUAUGAUAUUCGCAAUGUCCUAGAAUACGUAUUAUACGGAGACGGUCCUUUGACCGGUUUAGGCGGUAUCGAAGGACUAGCUUUCGUUAAUACCAAAUAUGCGAAUACUUCCGACGAUUUUCCAGACAUACAGCUGCAUUUUUCGGCAGGGGGGACAAACUCCGACAACGGUAGGCAUAUUAGAAAGGUUCAUGGACUGACCAAAGAAUUCUAUGACGCCGUAUACGGGGAGCUUAACGAUAAGGACGUGUGGGGCGUACUUCCUACGCUUUUAAGACCGAAAAGCAAAGGAGUUAUCAAACUUCGGAGCAACGAUCCUUUCGAUCAUCCAUUGAUUUAUGCGAAUCAUUUUGAAGAACCGGAAGAUAUGGCGACACUGAUCGAAGGAGUUAAGUUUGUGUUCGAGAUGAGUAAAACUGCUUCGUUUAGACGUUACGGGAGCGAAACGAAUCCAAAACCAUUUCCUGGUUGCAAGCAUAUUCCGAUGUAUAGCGAUCCAUACUGGGAGUGCAUGAUCAGAUUCUAUUCGAUGACUCUAUAUCAUCCCGUGGGUACUUGCAAGAUGGGGCCCAGUUCGGAUCCAAAAGCUGUGGUAGAUCCUCGGCUUCGAGUUUACGGAGUUACUGGACUUCGAGUCAUAGACGGCUCAAUUAUGCCAAAUAUAGUUAGCGGUAAUACCAAUGCGCCGAUUAUCAUGAUCGCAGAGAAGGGUUCCGAUAUGGUGAAAGCGGAAUGGUUGGGGGAACGGACGUCAAAAUGAAUGGCUGUUUUUGUAAAUUAAUUCAAAGCGAAUGCUAGUACUAUAUAUAGAUAAUAGAAACUUAUAAUUUCAAACUCAAAAUAAAUUUUCAUUGCGUUUUACGUACAGUGGAGUACGAGCCAGAAUAUGUAGUCAUGUUUUAUUAAAUGAACAUCAAGUAAUGUAAAUGUUAACAAGGGAGCUAGUUUACAAGACGCAUUUUUUCGACCGAUUCGGUAUUGCGACCUCCAGUAAGAGGAUACAUAGGAUCGUAAUGUAACUAUUGUCUUAAGGCUUGGCACGGUAUGCGCACGGCUUUUACAAAUAAAAUCAAUCAGGAUAAUGCACGUGACGUAACACAUAGAACAGAGAUACCGCCGAUAAACAG